UGUUUACAUAAUUUUUCUCUCGAUUUUGAGAGAAUCUCUCCAAAAGUUUAAAACAAAAACCUCUCUUUUCUUCCUACGAAAAAUCUGAACAUGUUUUAGUAGUGGUUAUAAAGAAAAAAAGAUUGUCUCUACCAAAUUCCAAUGCCCAUGUCUUUUGUUUCUGGUGUCACAUUGUCUUGAAACAAACACUUUCAAAGUUCUUUACUUCCCUGUUGAUUUCUCACCAGUUAGUGGGUUUUGUUUUUGGAUUCAAUUGGUGUCUAUUUUUGGGCUGAUGGGUCCUGUAAGAGGGUUAAAGAAAAGGCGGAAGAUGGAGAAGAAACCUGAAGAAAAUGCUUCUGGUUCUGGUUCCGGUUCUUCAGAGAAGGAACGGUCUGUUGAUUGGUGGGAUGAACUUUCCAAGAGGAUGAAUGGUGUCCAAUCACCAUCUAAAGGUCUGGAUAAGUUCAAAUCUGUUUUAAAAAUUUCCAGAAAAACUUUCAACUACAUAUGUUCACUUGUGAAGGAAGAUAUGACGGCUAAGCCAGGACGUUUUACAUUUUCAAAUGGUAAACCUGUGUCUUUUGAAGAUCAAGUAGCUGUAGCUUUGAGAAGGCUAAGCUCUGGUGAAUCACUAGUGACGGUUGGUGAUUUGUUUGGGCUGCAUCAUUCAACUGUCUCACAAUUGACUUGGCGCUUUGUGGAGUCCAUGGAAGAAAGGGGUCUUCACCAUCUGCAAUGGCCUUCCACUGAAGCAGAAAUGACAGAAAUAAAGUCCAAAUUUGAAAAGAUUCAAGGUCUUCCUAAUUGCUGUGGUGUGAUUGACACUACUCACGUCAUGAUGUGCUUGCCUUCAUCAGACCCUGCAAAUAAAGUGUGGCUUGAUCAUGAGAAGAAUCACAGCAUGGUCUUGCAAGCAAUUGUGGACCCUGAAAUGAGGUUCAGGGACAUUGUCACUGGGUGGCCGGGUAAAAUUGAAGACUGGUUGGUGUUUCAGAGUUCAAAUUUCUAUAAACUGUGUGAUAAAGGAGAGAGAUUGAAUGGGAAAAAACUUGAGCUCUCUGAAGGAUCAGAAAUAAGGGAAUACAUAAUUGGGGAUUUAGGCUAUCCUUUAUUACCCUAUCUUGUUAUUCCUUACGAGGGGAAGGAACUACAAGAACUAAGAGCUGACUUUAAUAAAAGGCAUUCUGCAACUCGGCUGGUGGCACACAGGGCUUUGGCAAGGCUCAAGGAAAUGUGGAAGAUUAUCCAAGGGGUGAUGUGGAGACCUGACAAACAUAAGUUACCAAGGAUCAUCCUGGUUUGCUGUUUGCUUCAUAACAUUGUUAUUGACUUGGAAGAUGAUGUGCAGGAUGACGUGUCUCUGUCUUGUGACCAUGAUUCAGGUUACCACCAACGCAUUUGUGGAUCUGCUGACAUCAAGGGUAUACACCUGAGAGAUAAACUUUCUCUCUACUUGUCAGAGAAAUUGCCACCUCAACUAUUUUCCGUUUUCGAUUCCUGAUUGGUAGUUUCUUCACAUACAAAAGGUUUAAAUAUGAUCUUUCGAAGACAAUCAUUUCAUUGAAGUUGGUUUUCUUCUGUUUGAUUUAAAAUUGUAGAAGUUAAAAUAAGCAUUGCAUUUUUAUUCGAAGCUUCCCAAAUUGUAAAGUGAUGAUUGAGACAGCAUGGGAGAAAUUUAGAUGUUUUCGACAGUUCAUACAAUGUCCAGAGGUGAUUGAAAACUGUGUCCUGUUUCUCCCAAGUGUUCGAGUAUCUGUAAAUCCCUCUUUAUCAGAUGGUGUUGAUGAUAACUGAUCCGUGGAGUCUAGCUCACCUUCUCCGUAUGUCGUGGAUUUAAAGUGUAAAACUAAGAAUGCUGUCAGUUCGUCUUUUAGUCCCUAACAAAGUUGAGUGCUGCCGUGGCAGCAGGAAGAAGGUUCUUCCAGGAAAACAGCAAAUGUGAUGGACUUGAUCGUAUGACUGAGGAAAUCAAUUUUUCAAAAGCAGAUGUUGAUGGAAACCUCCUGAUGAAAACCAAAAACUAUCUCCUUUGGAUUGUGAGAAUCUUUACAUAUUGUCACCUUAUUCAUCCUCCCUUCAACCUUCCCGAGUGUUUUCAAUCUUCUAAUGGAAACGUCUCCUGGAAUUUGUUAGCAGUUUUAUUUUGAUUGAAUAAACCAUUGGCAUUCAGUGAUCAUUUAUUAUUUUGCUUUGAAUAAAGACCUCAGAUCAGAACAACCAAAG